AUGGACACCAACAUCAACCCCCAGACUGCAUCGCCGCUCGCGGGCAUCCCCACCGAACUCCUGACCCGCAUCACCGGACACCUCACCACUGAGGACCUGUGCAAAGUUCGCCUCACAUGCAAGCUCGUCGCUAGCCGCAUGCACUCGUCGUUUGCGUACGAGUUCUUCCGCAAGAAGCAGUUUAUGAUCUCGACAGUCUCAUUGCAGGCCCUGGUGGACAUUGCUGAUAACCCGCUCGGCGCUGGACUCAACCAUGUCAUCAUGGCAACGGACGUCUUUCGGUUUGGCUACCACCGCAAGCCGUCCCUCUACGCAGCACUUGCCGCGGACCAGAGCUAUCUGGUGCGCACCGCCAGGUACCGCGACACGUUGGCGGACGUGUUUCGCAAGCUCCGCGACCACCUCGACACGAUUGAUAUUCGUGAUUUCAACUCGGUCACACGCUUCCGUGAGAAGAAUUUUGUCGAAGGACACACGGGCAGUUGGAGUUCGUACGGCGCUGCAACAGCGCAGAAUAUCCUCGGCUCGCCCCUCGUCAUGCAGAACCACGACCCAACCUUUGUCGCGGCCAUGUUCACCAAUGUGGUCGCUGCCGUGGCACAGUCGGGCGCCACCCCACCCAACCUCGAGGUGGUCUUCCAGGGCCGCUGGGGUCUCGAGGACAAUGCAUUCUACAUCCCCCCAGACCUGAAGGACCCCAUGGGCCCAUACCUUUCCAACCUGCGCAAACUCCAUCUCGCCGUCGCACCAAAGCAGUCCACGGUCGACUCGGACUCUACGUUGCACUUGAAGACCUUCCUCGCCGCCUGCCCAAACCUCACAUGGCUGCGCAUCAACUUCCAGGGCGACUGGUCAGAGGCCAACGACUUCAUCAAAUGGCUUGCAGGAGAUGACACCACCCGCGUCUUGUCUCCUGCCGCCGCCGCCGCCGCCAAUGGUCUCGACAAUGCCGCCGCCCCUUACGCCGACUUUGUCAUCCCAUCCGUGCCGUCGGCGCCCCUGUUCCCACUUGAGCAGCUCGAGAUUGGGCUAUGCACCGUCCAACCUUACAUCCUCGCCAAGCUCUUUGAGCGCUUCUCCGUGCGCACCGCCAGUCUUCGCCGCGUGGUCCUCGACGGCAGCGACGCCUCGGCCGCUGCACCGCACGCCGCCGCUGACGACAAGAACCUCUGGGCCGGCGUCAUCCGCGGUCUCGGUGGUUCCAAGCUGCGCACGUUGCGUCUUGCUUUACUCGGCGAGCAGCGUAAUGGGCAGCGUCACCACGCUGAGUUUGCGUACGGCACGUCCCAGAAGACUGUCCAUCACAUUGGCGGUACCGCCGCCGACCCCUUUGGUCCUCUUGGAGAUGAGAUUGUGGUCAGGGUGGCCGGCCUCGGGCGCUACACGACCGUUCAAGGCAGUUCUGAUGACGAGGAUGACGAGGAUGAUGAGGACGAUGAGGAUGACGAAGAUGAUGAGGAUGAUGAGGAUGAGGACGACUAA